AUGGCGAUGAUAUCGGGUGAUCCAUCAAAUUUAGGUGAUCCGCGUUGUCCCAAUUCGGACGAACAAGCACUCAUUACGGAACUGGUAGGGAUUGUUUUGCCUGGGAAGACUGUGGACGUGUUCUACAUCCGGCCCCAUGGAGGGGAUAAAGCGUUACAUUUCCAACUCAUGACACGCCACGAUGGAUCGAACUGCACACUUGCGAAUGUUUUCGGUACGAACCCGGUGGGCCAGCGAUUGACGGUUGUCCAGAAGGACGCCGAAUGUCCGAGCAGCCCAAUUUGUGGAGCUGCUUCUUGA